AUGAGCGCACAUCUCCGCCGCCUCAAUCGGUACACAAUGCACGCUCCAAUCUCCAAACUCUCCCGCCAUCGACUUCGCCAAGUCCACACGCACCCGUACCCGCAAACACAACCUGAAUACCCCACACCCUAUCAUGCACAAGCACAUCCCCUCCAGAUAAGCACAGCCGCCAUGCACGUCACGCCCGUCGAGAUGGUCAUCCUGAUGGGUGCUCUUGGCAUCCUUGUCGCACUCCUCUGCUGGAUUGGCUGGAUUAUCUUCACUUAUGUGUUCCAAUUCGUCAAAGACAAGAUUGAUGAUUUCAACGUCGGAAAAAGAACGAGGGCUAGAGUUUACAGAAGAGAACAGGAAAUUGAAGAUACACCAAGGAAGCUGGGAAAAGCUGUGAAUACGGUAGCAACUGCAGCCAAGCACUUAUUCGAAGGAUUGACGAGGAGUGGUGGAUGGCGUGAUAGGGAAGGAGGAGAGAGGAGAGGACUCUUGCAAGAGGUUGAGCGUGAAGCAAGGCAAUAUGGCUAUCAUGAAGGAACAUUGUAUGAAGACAGGACUAGGUAUGUGGAUGGUGAUGGAACAAGUGAGAGUACUGGGAGUGCAAAGACCACUGUAACACAUCGGGAUGAUUGUGGAGGACAGCAGUGUGGAGAGUCUGGGCAGCCCAGGAAAAGAAGUAUUGAAGUUUGA